AUGAGUAAGAAACAAGAAAUUCAAGAUAUAUUUCCAUUUGAUGCAAUUCCAAGAGCCAAUGAUAAUAAAAAUGAUAUGAAAUCAAAGUCAAAGUUAGAAAAACAGAAGGAAGAAGACCACGAAACUUUGAUGAAGAAGAAGAAUAAUUUGGAUGUUGCAAUAUCAAAAUUCAAUUCACCAGAUGCUCUUCGAGACUUGAAACAGAAGCAGCAAAUGAUUCCAACACUUCCGCAAAAAAUCAAUACUGUGGAAAAUGUUUAUGAAGUUCUAGAACAAAUUUCGGGAUUUGAUAGGAAAGCGAAGAGUCCGAGUGUGAUUCAUGUGCAAAAUCGACAAACCAAACAGGAGUUUUAUGCGAAGUUUCAGUAUCGGAAUAAUUGGAAAGGUGAUUCGAUUGAUGUAAGUUGAGAGGUUUCAAAAAUUAAUUUUUAAAAAAAUUUAAAAUUUGUAGAACGAGGUAAAAGUUAUGAUAAAAUUCCAAGAAUUAAAUCGUGUUGGAUCAUCGAAAUUUCUGAAUCAUCUUCGAGAUUGUGGAUUUAAUAAUGAUUUUCGAUAUAUUGUUAUUGAUGAUUAUGGAAUUGAUUUGAUGACUCUUGUGAACACACAUAGGAGAUUCGAGUUAGUUUAUCGCAGGGCUCCGCGAGCCAAGAGCCCCUGAUAUAUUUUAUUUUUUCUCCAGGGCACCACUGAUCUUUCUGAUCACAUAUUACUCAUUUCAAUCGCUCAAAAAUCUUCAUUCAUUCGAUAUUAUUCAUCGAGAUAUUCGACCAUCUUCAUUCGCAAUUAUCAAACCAUUCUCUUUGAAAUUGAAGGAUUUCUAUCGAGCAACCGAGAAAACCUACGCGGGAACGAAUCAAAGAGUUGAUAAAACUUGGCGAGCUGAUCGUUUUUCACCCCGAAGAGCUCAUAAUAGUGAUGCGAGUUUGGAUGAAUUUGAUGAUUAUGAGAUGUGGUUACACACGGUGGGUUUCUAAAAUUUUUAAAAAGUUUAGUCAAUCUUUCAGAUGAUGUUUCUGUUUUGCGAAUCGAAAUUACCUUGGAAAUCAGAUGAGACAAUGUUGAAAAACAAGGAGAAUUUCUAUAAAUCGCCAGAAUCUUUUGAUUAUUGUUGGCUUGGUUCUUGUGACAUUCUGUGCUUGAUUCCAUCAUUUUUGAAGAAGGAAAUAUCGAAAGUUGAAUUUCUUGAGAUUGUCGAUGAAUUGUUUUCAUUAGAGGCUAUGAUUUUUGAUAGGAAAGAGAUGCCCGAAUGGAAUUUGAUUGAAGAGGUUGGUUGUGAUGAUGGCCUAGAAAUUUCAGCGAAAAGUUCGGCCCCGCAGCUAUCUUGCAAACUGCUCAGAGAAGUUGGACGAUUAAUCGCCUAGUAACUUGAAUUAGCUGCUGGCUGACCGAUUAAUCGCCUGUGUUAAUUUAGUUCAGGCGAUUAAUCGUAAGUUCACUUUACUCGGCGAUUAAUCGUACAACUUGUCUGAGUGCUUUAUCUUGAAUAAUUUAUAAACGUACGCCAGGGGAUGCUGAGUUGUGUGGCAGACUACUGUAGCGCGCAGCUGUGUGCAAACACGGCGACGCACAAAUGCACGCCCUAUUUUUUUUUGCGCUUUUUUUCGGUGGCGCUUUUGGAUCAAAAAUACAAAUUUCAGCCCGGUCCGAAAAGAAGAAACGAUCAGAGAACAAAUUGUGAACCGAGUUUCGUAUCGCCACAAUCAACAAUAUCACCAAAAAAAGUGAAAAAGGCGGUGAAAUCGAAAAAUGAGCGAAGAAAAUGA